CGGAUUUUCUUCGCAGGUGUUAUACGCCAUUACUUCCGCAGGAUCGUCAUUGGGCCGGAGGGAUGAGUAUGCGGGCUUCGGGAGAUCGAUCUGCCAACGUCCAUCUAACCAGCAACCAGUGCAUGGUUUUUUGCCUAUUGCAGUCGGCCUAAGGAUGUAAUCUCACAUGCACAAUACUGCAGGAUCUGGAUAAAAAGGACGGAAGGAUACGUCUACGCCGACUGCCUGCAUAGGUUCAGAGCGCGAGUAACACCCCAGAGCAUUCGCAAGGUAUAUUCUAACUGCGGCUGAAUCCCACACUGUCAUAUAUCUCGAACACUUUCUCUUCUUCAAAAUCUCAUACCUCCUCGCUCCAAUCUACCCCAUCUUCCAGCAUCAUGUUCGUCCCAGAAACUACUAGCCGACCGCCAGAAGGCAUGGUAAUGCCACAAACCGAACAACUCGUCUUCACCAUCCUCACCCAGAUCCCCUUCGCCUACCUUGCUUUCAUCGCCCUUCGCAAUCUCUUCAAGGGCAACGCCACGUGCCUCCUCUUCUCCAUCGGCGGCAUUAUCGCCAGCUCUUUCGAGCCGUUCGUCGACGUCCUCGGCUUCUGCUACUUUCCCCGCGAAGGCAACUGGAUCAUCUUCGAGUGGAUGAACCGCCCGAUCCCGCUCUUCGUGCCCACUACCUACGGCUGGUACGUCGGCGGCAUCGGCUACUGGUUUUGGACGAUGUUCGAAGAGGAUGGUACCACCCAGCGCGAUAUCUGGGGCAUGUGGUUGAAGAGCUGGAUCUCGAACCUGAUUCUCGAGUACCCCGCCUUGUACAUGGGCGUGUACACGUACUACGGGUACCAGCCUUUCACCAUCGGCGGCUUUCCGUUGUGGUUUCCGGCUAUCAAUGCUAUUGCGCCGAUGGUGGGAGCAUCGCUGGUGCAUGUCAUGGGACCGCACCUGAAAGGUGUGGCGAGAAUUGCGAUUCUGCCGUUGAUUUCGUCUAGUUUUGCGAUAGCUCAUGGUAUUGCGGGGUGGCCGAUGUGGAUUGCGCUGAGCACCGAUUUGGGGUACCAGGUUACGUACCCGGCUGCUUUGGGGACUUUGUCCCUCUUGGUCACCGCGGUUUGGUGCAUGAGCAAGCAGUUCCCGGAGGCCGGGAGUGUAAAACUCGAGACGAAGUCGAGGCUUUAGGUCCGAGAAUCUUUCUCAAUUCUCAUUGUCGUCUACUAGGGUGUGUCAAACACGGUGGGAAAGUUCGAGAGGUGCAAAGUGCCGAAGCCGUGAGGCGAAGGAUGCGUCUGACUUCGCUAUGAAGUAGACGUACGAAACGAAGAUCCGAGAGGGUUUAUAGAGCCAACCUAUGUAGCCUGUUGGCUCCGUUUCUUUCACUCAAUGAAAGUCAGCAUGC